UGCCCCAUAAUGACAAGGAGCAGAGAAAAAGAGACAUAGAAAAGGGGCAGCUACAGGACAAUAUGCAGCUAUGAGAAGAAACGACAAUGAGCAGAGACGGAUUAGAUACAAUGAGUAGAGAUAACAAGCAGUAGAUUCACAAAGGGAAAAAAAGCAGAGAUAAGGACAAGUACAGAAAAGGUGCAAAGAUGAUAGCAGCUGCAAGGAAUAGAGACAAUGUCCAGCUUCAAAACACAUUUACAGGAGCUGAGAAAAUGAACAGUAAAAGGCAAGGAGUAGUAAACAAGCAGGAGACAUGGAGCAGUUACAAAGAGCAUAGUCAACAACGGGGAUAUGGACAAUAAGCACGGACUGGUACAAGGAACAGACAGGAAUAGAGACCAGCAUCAGGGACAAGAAUAGGCUGGAUGCAAAGAGCUGGAACAGGGAGUUGAAAUGGGGGCAAUGAGCAUAAACAAGGAGAAGCGACAAAGAAAAGGCGUAUAACAAGGGGAAGAGACAUGGUCAGAGAUGGAUAGAGAUUAGGAAAAGAGGCAGAACAGGGGUAAGAAGGGGCUAAAGGCUCGGGGCGGUGUGUGAGGAAACAAAUAUGAGGGGAAGGAUGGGACAGAGUAAGGCAUAGAGUGGGUUGGAGUCAGACAGGCGGAGGCCGGACAGGGGUUGUCUUAAAUCGCGUCAGAGAUGGUGGCAGCUCCUUGUAAGUACUGAAAAGCUGUCGGCCUUUUCCUGGAAUUAACUGCAGUUGGCAAACGCAGAUUUUUGUACAUUCCGGAGCUGAAGUUAACGAGGAACAGAUGUGAGCGAUGUUGAGAGACCGAUAGAAUCACAGAGACAGAAAGUUAGAGUACUACACCAUUAGAGCAGAGACCGAGGGUCAGAGCUGCAGUGCAGCCCUCACAGUGCAUUCCACCACAACAUCAUUCAGAAGAUGUUGGAGAAACGUCCAAAAGAGAGAAUCCAUCCCAAUUCAGGAGGCAGCGCUCCCGGACCCCUGUAACACCACAAAACCCCGAGACCGAAAGGAAACCCCGAACCAGACAUAAGGAGCACAGAGAGACCAAAGAGAUACGUCUGCAAGAUAAUUCCGGACCAGGGAGAGAGACAGUCCGGGAGGCAUUCUAGGACAAGAGAUAGUCCGGGAGCCAAUUCCGGACCAGAGGGUUGUCCCGGGAGUCUCCGAGUCAGUCCGGGGGACACGACAAUACAGGAAUAUCCGCGGUGGAUUGGGGAAUUUUACAAGUAUCCGCAGAUUCGCUGCCUGGUCUUGGGAAGCGGGUUUUCUUCGGAAUGGCCGCGAUUACUGUCAUAGGAAUGUUAUCUUUCCUUUGGCUUUCAAACUGUGUGGGAGGAGUGCGGUACAGUCUGUACUCGGGACUCGCCAGUCGGGAGCACACUCGGCUGCAGACCCAGUCCAGCACCGCCAGCAGAGCCAGCAGCCGGCACAGGAACUGGUGUGCCUAUGUGGUGACCCGAACAGUUUCCUGUCUUGUGGAGGAUGGCAUAGCAACUUAUGUGAAACCGGAGUACCAGGCGUGCAGCUGGGGCCAGACCCCGUGUGGCCGCGCUGUCACGUAUCGUUCUUUCAUUAAGCCGCGAUACAAGGUGACCUACAAAAUGGUGACUGAAAUGGAAUGGAGGUGCUGCCAUGGGUAUUCAGGAGACAAUUGUAAAAUUGGACCAACAGGACAAACUCAGACAACAACUCUCAGAUCUUGGCCAAUGCGACCUGACCCUCAUCCUGGAGGAAGACAUCCAGAUGGCAUGGGUACAGAAGAUCCUGACAAAUCCCGUCAGAUGGAGGAAAAGUUCCAGAGUCUGACUGAGGAGAUCCGCAAAUUGCAGUUCAUCAUCCACGGGAUGAAUGGAAAUUUACAGGAGGAGGUGCGGAAAGCCGUGGCCACAGCACUGAACGGGCACCAGCCUGCCGAUGCUCCCACACAGAUGAAGGAAACCAUUAGCGAAAUUCAACAGAAGCUGGACCAGAUAGACAACCGGGUCAGGGAGCACAACGAGGAGCUGGAUCUUCUGAAUGGCUUUAGACAAGGAGAACCUGGCUUGGGAGGUGGCUCUGUGAAGGAUAAGGACAGGCAUUUCCACAACUUGUGCUUGUCCUGUCGCUCUGAGUUCGAAGCUAUCCGUAGGCAGCAAGCCAAGGACAGACACAGGAUCCAAGAACUGUCACAAAGGUUGAAUGGUACUGAGCAGCGCCAUGGUCACCUGCUAGAACACAUGGGUGAGAGUGGCAACCACUGCUGCUCCCCAAUAGAGAGCAUGAGAGAGAAUAUAGCCGACGUGGAGAAAAAGCUAGUGACCAUGUCUGAGGAUGUCGUACGUUUGAAUGGAAGGUUAGACAAACAGCUGGCUAGCACCUCGAUGACCAACUCACCACCUGGAUGGAUCAACGAGCGGUUUGAAGAAAUGGCAGAACGACUGAAGGAUACUCAGGACUACUCUCUGUCUGCCCACAACCGUGUGCAAGAACAUUGCCAAGCAGGGCUGAAUGAUCUGAGGCAUGAAUUUGGGGAGAGAAUUCACAGGAACGAAGAACGACUCACUACUGUUAUCUCUACACUUGGGAAUGCCACUGUCGGGAUAGGCCAAGAGGUGGAGAAUUGGAAGAGGACAGCGGAGCGCAAUCGGGAAGCCCUGCGUAACCUGACAUCCAUUAUGCACGAGGUUGAUUCCAAGCUCCAGGUCACUGUCGAGAGUUGUGCCGAUAUCUGUGUUCCCCCUCCCUUUACUGCUGCACCCCAUCAUCUGGACAUCUCUCCCAUGGUGAAAAGCCUCCAGAGGAAAGUGACAGAAAACGAGGAUGGCAUUCAGGUGGUCAACCACAAAAUUGAUGGCCUGACAGAGGAUAUGAGUUCAUCCAGGGAGCAACUGGCAAAGCUGCAGCAGGAGAUUGAGAAGCUCAGGCUAGAAGUACAAGCCAAUGAGAGGAGCCUGAACAAAAUAACCUCAGACCUUAGGGACCUCAGCAGCAAAGUGCAGAGCUCCAAAGAUGAUGGCUUGGCCACAUGUAACUCCAUCCACGAGGAGCUGCUCAUGGCAAGGAAUGAGACCGAAUGGCGGUUUGUCACACUGAUGACCGAGGUGACUGAAGCGAGGGAGCGAGCCGGCGAGGUGUGGGAGCGAUGCCAAGCACCGUGCUCGGAAAUCCAGCUGGAAUUGGAUAGGUUGAAAGAAGAUGUCAGAAAAUGUGAGGAGCAGCAUAGGGAUGUCCUGCAGAAAAGCCAAAGCUUCAACAAUACUCUGAAGAGACUCGGGAUGUUUGGUGGCACUUUGCCUAUGGACCUGGGCUCCAUGCAGGGAGAGCUCAAAGAUGUCCAACUGACCUUCAACUCUUUCGAGAGCACUUUAAAGGUUUUUCAAGACUCCGUUGACCGUCAUAACCACAAUGUGGACCUGCUGAAUGCAACAUUCUCAGAAACGACUGGCAACAUAAGCGCAAAGUUGAACUCAAUCCAGAGCAUAGUGGUGGCCCACCUGGGGCAGAGUGAGGAGAGGAUGACAGGCCUUCAGAAUGAGAUUGACCAGCUCAGCCACCACCAGGUACAGGGGGCUGGCUGCCAGGCCUCCACUAAUAGACUUCAAGAGCGUCUCACGAAGCUAGAGAAGGUGUGUGACAAACUGGAUUCUGUAUCCCAGAAUGUGGAGAGGAUCAGAGCUGGCCUGAAUAACCACAUCUCCAGUCUAUGGAGCUGCCACCAGGAGCUCAACAAGACGCUGCUGGUACACAGCAUGGUCAUCGAGAGUGUGGAGAGAAGUGGGUUAGACAGCAUGAAUCAUCGCAUCAGUCACCUCAACAGCUCUGUAGCACAGCUGAACAUGGAGGUGUACAAUUUCACCCGGCAGCCGUUCCUUGGAAAUGAAGGGCCCCCCGGGCUCCCGGGGCCACAAGGACCAGCCGGACCGCCAGGGCUACCAGGUGCAAAGGGAUUGCCCGGAAAGCACGGAGAGACAGGACCUGCAGGUGCAGCUGCUGAGGUUCAACGCCUCUCAUUCUCUGCGGCGCUCACCGUUUCUCAGGUAGAGCCAGGAACUGUCCUCUUCAACAACGUGCUGGUGAAUGACGGAGAGCAUUAUGACGCCACAACAGGAAUAUUCACAGUCCCCGUCGAUGGACGAUACUUUCUCAGCGCAGUUCUCACUGGACACAGAACACAGAAGAUCGAAGCCGUCUUGUCAAAGUCCAAUGUGGGCGUGGCUAGGGUGGAUUCUGGUGGUUACCAGCCAGAAGGACUGGAGAACAAACCUGUGGUGGAGACUCAACCCGUGACAGGUUCACUUGCUGUCUUCAAUAUCAUCCUAUCUCUGAGGCAAGGUGAGACAGUGUGUAUCGACCUGGUGACAGGACAGUUAGCACACUCUGAGGAGCCACUUACUGUGUUUAAUGGAGUUUUGCUGUAUGACUCACCAACCGUGUAAUUGACAGCCAGCAACUCAGCCUUGUGUAGCUCUCUUCCUGUGCUCUGAAGUAGUAUAAGGAUCGUAAUACAUUGUCCCUUUUAUUUCUUUUAACACACACACACAAGAAUUAGAGUGAGACAUACAGUAACCGAACAAGACAGAUGGAUGGAGAGCAAGCAAAUGACAGACAGACGGUGAGGAAACCAUAUAGUAGUCAAGAGACAAACCACAGAGCCCUCACACACACCUUGUACACUCAACCCCUCCCCCACACCCACCCAAGUAACCACAGGACCAGCCUACAUCUUGUUGGGAACCAGAGCAAAGCCGUGAAUUGCUGAGUUGUUGAUGUAGUUGAGUUUUUGGAGUUACCCCUCCCUUCCUCGCCCCAUCUUGUUCCAAGCGUCACUGCCUCAAAUUCGCCUUUUCAACACUGAAGCUUUUUAAACUCUAGGAGUGUGUCUUCACCUGUGUUCCAGUACCACUGUCUGUACUUUGUUGCAUACCCCGUCACACUUAUACUAAUAACAGUCUCUUCACUCACUGA